AUGUUGCUUGUUCAUUACUCAACAGUAAUUGAUAAAAGUUUACAAGGUGAAGGUGUGAAUUCUAUUGUACAACUCUUUUCUUACAGUUUUUCAGCUUUAGGAAAAGAGCUGACAAUUAAAUUUGAGGGUAACGCAUUCCAGAAGACUGGAUCUGAUUUGGAUUUUACACUAAAGGAAAGAAAUUCCAUUUUCCAAAAGAAAGAAACAGGAGAAUUGAUUUCUUGUACAAGAAGAAUUCCUUUACAAAGUUUAGACGAUUCUUUUUGUAUUGUUUGGGGAAAGGAAUUUCGAUUUACAGUUUACAGAAAAUUACCAGUGACUUUUUUAUUUCUAUCUUUUGAAAAAAGAUUUAAUUUGGAGAAAUUUGAAUCUAAAAGAUGUGAUUCAUUGAUUUUUCUCGCAAAUAGUAUGGUAUUGAGAUUUAGGAAUGUGUAUGUAGUGUAUGAUUACAAAACCGAAACAAUUUUGAAAGAGAUUGUGUUGAAUGGAGAUGAAGCCGAUAUUAGAAAUGGAAAGACAGAGAUUCAAGUUGUUGCUCAAUUGAUUUCAAAUAUUGAAAAGAAUGAUAUCACUUUUAAUGGUUAUUUUUUUAAGAGAAUUUCAAUUUGUCAACCAAUAUUAGCUUCCUGUAUUUCACAUGAUGGAAAAACAUUACAAUUUUACAAUAUUAACAAAGACAAAAGUGUUGAUUUAUUUCAGACAUUGACUGUAGAAGAAUUAAUGAGCCAACACCAAGAAGGUUCAAAAUUGAAACAAACAAAAUUCACUAAUAUUCAAGAAACCAUUCAUGGACUAUUUGUAACUAUCGAAGGAAUCACUAAUUACAAGUCUACUACUCAAAUUGUUAUGAAAUUCACACAUCCAAAUAUUAAGAUUCCAACCAAAAAAGAUCAUUCAAUAAUUCAAAAAGCUUUUCAAUUUAUCAUGGAUGAUAAAAUUCAUCAAGCAUUCAAUUUAUUAAUGGAUUAUGAAACAAAUACAGAUCCAUUGGAUUUUGGAUAUGACAUUAGAGAACUCAUGAUGUUAGAUGAAAAGAAUUAUAUUGUGCUGACUAAAGGUUUGGUCCACUCUCAAUAUUCCUCAAUUUUAUUUAAUAGUGAUGGAUCAGCUAAGAAACAAUUUCGUGAUUCAGGAAUUGUGUACGAUGAUGAAGGUAAAUAUUUUGGUCCCAGUCUGCUUAAAUUGUUGAAUCUUAGACAAAAGAGCAUUCGAAACCUACCGCAAGAGGUCAUUUCUAUUAACGAAAGAAUAUCUAUUGACAAUUUCAUUUUUAUUUCCCAUGUAACACAACUAGAUAUUCUUGAUGCAUUGAUGCUAGUUAAAGAAUCAAAAGAUCUACAUUGCUAUUGCUCUCUCACGGAAUGCAGCAUGUUGUUGGACGAAAAUGGUGUAAUUAGUCAAAUACUAUCCAAGGAAGCAACUUUAAGAUUUAAAGCAAUGCUCUUACAAACAUAUUACAAUCAGUCAAUUCGUAACCUUAACAAAUCUUUCAGUAUUUUUAGAGAAUUUGUAGAAACUACUCAAGAUGAAAAAGAUUUUGAAUUAAUUGAGUUUUGUUUCAAGAAAAUGUUUCAACAGAAAUCAAGAAAUUGUUGUAAUUUGGAAUUGUUAAAGGAAAUUUAUUGGAAGAACAUUAAUUACUGGUUCCUAGCAAUGGACUAUCGUUCCAGUAUAAGAAGUAUGAUUUCAAAUCUAACAAUUUUGGGAGUCGAUAUCGUUUUCAGAUAUAUCAACAACCUUUCACAAAGUUAUACUUUUGAAAUUAUUGAAAAGUUGAUUGAUGAUAUGAAGGCAGUAGCCAUAACAACAUCAGAAAUGGCCGUUCAAUACUAUUUUCUAUUGGCUUUGGUAUUUCCUCAAAGUGAAACUAGUAGAGGCGGUAUUGGUAACAAGGUUACGAAAAAUAACAUAAUCCAUGGCAUGGAUUAUUUAGAACACUUUAUUCGAAUCAAAACUGAUUGCCCAGCACUGCAGGUGUUUAUUAAUUUCUUGAUGAAACAGGAAUUUUCUUAUUUAAACUUGGAAAUGAAGGAAAAUAUGUCUGUAAAAGAAUUGACAGAAAGAAAUGUAAUGCUUCUCCAAAAAUUUACAGAUUGGAAUACUGUAAGCAUUGAAACAAUGAAGGAGUUGCUCGAAUUUAAUGGAUAUGCUUUGGAAUUUCUUCCAAACUCCUUUCAGGAUGAUGAAAGUCUCGUUUCUAUUGCUGUAAAAUCGAGAGGACUAUCUUUAAAGUAUGCAUCUGAAAGAUUGAGGAAUAAUCCUACAAUAGUUGAUCUUGCAGUUUCUCAAAACUAUUAUUCUUUCGAAUAUGCUUCUAGAGAAUUGAAAAACGACAAAAUGAAGAUAUUGGAAUAUGUAGAAAGGAACGGAUUGCUUCUUGAAAUAGUUCCAGGUAUUUUCAAAGAGGAUUUACAAAUAGUUCAGAUGGCGAUUGCUCAAAAUCCACUUUCCAUUCAAUUCGCCUCUGAAAAAUUCAAGUAUGGAAAGAAUCUUAUCACUCCACUCAUUGAGAAAAAAGGUGAACUUUUGAAAUUUGCAUCAAAUUCCCUACAAAGCGAUUCAAAUAUUAUCUUGACAGCUACCAAAACUUUUGGAUUGGCCAUCCUCUACUCGACUAAAAAAUUGGAUACUGAACUAAUUUUGGACUGUGUAAAAAUUAACAAACUUUAUGAGAACAAACAGAUUUUAAAUUACGUCCUAGAGACCGAACAACUUAGAGAGGAUGUUCAAUUUCUAUUUCAACUCUAUCAAUAUGUUAGAGACGGUAGGAUUGAAGAAAUUGUUGAAAAAUUGCCCGUAAAAAGUCUCCUACCUCAUACUCCAUUAACUCACAACUUUAAAUGCAGAAAACACCAAAUUUGA